AUGCAUACUCCUGUGAAUAAAAAUACGAUUAACUACGAUGCACAGUAUACCAAUAAAAAAGCAUCACAGGACUUAGCAAAAAAACCAGGUCUUGGUUGGUAUUGGUAUUAUAAGCAUAUAGACGAAGUUAAGGAUUAUACAGGAUUCUUUGUAGGUACAGAAGAUGGCUCUCGUGAGAUUAAUUUCCCCGAUUAUUUUUAUAGAUUACUCUCUAAAACCGAUGAGGAUUUCGUAGAACGCAAGAAAGCAGAUAAGGCUAUAGUUGGUAGCCUAGCAUUCAAACGUAUCACAGAAAGCAUACAGAAGCCUUACAGCGAAUAUAUGAGAGAUAAGGGAACUUAA